AUGCCUCACGCCGUGCUACCAGAUCUUGCUGCGUUUCAAGAAAGCCUUCACAAUCCUCUUCCGGCAUACUCAGCCAUCGACAAUGACGACCUUCUGAACCGAAUCGAAGCCACUGAAGGGGUCGAACUCCCUAUCCUCUACUCACCCGCCAGUCGCGCGCCGAACUUCCAGCGUUUUGCCUCCGGUGCAGAUAGGGAAUCGUACCUUGAAGCACACCGACUCGAAUGCGACAUCGUUAAGGCCUUUUUUUCCGCUAUCGAGAAUGGCCACGAUGAUAUCGUCGCCGAUUUUAUAGCCCGUGGCUGGGUGUCGCCCGAUACUGCAAGUCAAUGGGGCGAGACACCAUUAAAUGCUACUGUGCGCAUGGGCAAGGUUCCCAUGGUGAGCCGCCUCGUUGCUCUUGGUGCAAGCGUCAAUGGAUUCGGUCGCGCACGGGAUGAGAAUAGCACCGUCGAGCCUGCAGACUUGCCUGAGCGUACGCCGUUGAUGGUCGCUGCUGAGCGCGGGCACCUGGCGUUGGUCAAAGUCUUGAUCGAAGACUACGGCGCGAAACACGACAUCAUUGCGCCCGAUGGAGCGAUUGCCCUUCGUCUAGCCGCCUCGAACCGCCACCGCGAAAUCGUACAUUAUCUCCCUACUAUUCGUGGCGGCGCAUGGAAGCGAUGGGCGACCGUGCAUAAAAAGCAAAUGGACCGAGUGCGACGAGCUGUCAAUAGAAUCGUCAAGUUCGUCAGAAUCCUUGUUUGGGAUCUCCCCAAGUUUCUAGUCUGGGAUGUGCCGAACGAAAUAUGCCGUGCUGCCUGGAGGCGUCGCCAUCGGGUGAAGAACUUCUUUAAGAAGUUGCCUGGCAAGCUCAAGGACGCGAUACUCGGGAUACCUAGCACCCUCAAACGCGCUGCAACGGAGGUGUGGAAGGGCAUCAAGGAGCUUCCGUCGCUUUUGAAGAGCUUGGCCCAGGCUACCUUUAAAGUAUUUUGGAAGGUCCUGACAGGCAUACCCGGCGCGGUAAUGUUUGUUCUCAAAUGGAUCGGAAGCGGAUUGAAGGGCAUCGGCGAUGCCAUUCUCAACAUUUUCGUUAAGCUGUUCUCUCUCCUCCACACAGCGGCCAUGGCGGUCGUGACUUUCUUGCGUGGUAUCACUCUUGGGGAUGUGUGGAAUGGCUUCUGCCAUCUCGUUCGCGCCGUCUUCGUGGACGCGCCUAAAGCAAUAGGCACAUUCAUGGUGGCCUUUGGCAACACCAGUUACGAUGUGCUCAAAGCAAUCUUUGGCACCUUGGGUGAAUGUAUCUGGUGGUUAUGUGGGGGAACUUACUGGUUGAUUCGGUAUAUUCCACGUCGGAUAUGGACCAUGUUUGAGGCGAUGGGGACAUCUUUGGUGAAGGCCUGGGAGGAGAUCAUGGUGUACUUCAAUCCUAAGCGAAUGUAA